ACAACACGCGUUUUCAGUCGGCGUGAAUGUUGAAGCAGAAGUUUUAACAAAAAUUAGUCAAUAUUUCUGUUAACAACGUUCUAAAUACGCCGUAACAAUGCGUAUUGAGACGUGUUUCUUCUGCUCGAACAAAAUCUAUCCCGGGCACGGGAUGGUUUUCGUUCGCAACGACUGUAAGGUAUUUCGCUUCUGUCGCUCCAAAUGCCGUCGUGCGUUCAACAAAAAGAAGAACCCGCGCAAGAUCCGCUGGACCAAAGCGUACCGCAAAACGAACGCAAAGGAGUUGACCGUCGAUCCGAGCUUCGAGUUCGAAAAGCGUCGCAACGUACCGGUGAAAUACGAUCGCGAGCUGUGGAACAAAACGAUCGAGGCGGUGAAAAAGAUCACAGAAAUCAAACAUCGGCGCGAGUGUCACUUCGUUAUGGAGCGUCUGCGAAAGGCGCGCGAGUACGAGAUUCACCGCGACAUCGUGGACGUGCAGAAGAACAUUUCCCUGAUCCGGUCACCGGCCAUCGGACUGAAGGAGCGUCGUGCGAAGGAGGAGGCGCAAGAGUCGGCCCUGCUGAUGGACGUAGAAGCAGAGGAGGAAGAGGAAAUCCAGUACGUCGACGCCCGCAAGCUCGAAAAGCAGCUCGAAGAGUCGGCCGCUUUCGAGGAUGAUGAGGAAAUGCUUCGUGCGUAAUAGGAUGUGUGUAUGUGUGCCGCUUCGUUCGUUAAGGAUUAGAAUGUAAGGAAGAUAUAAAACACGUUGUAAAAAAGAAACAAAGCUCCUGCGCAAAUGUGUGGAAAGAUUGAAGGCAAUAAAGCUGUUUCCACAGACUGUAAAACAACAA